GAUAGAGAAACUUCAGAUUACCAAGAGUAUAGGUCUCCAUGACGCCCUUUGUGAUAACAAUAUGUGUGUUAGGCCUCUCAAGUGUAGCAUGGGCAGUGUUCAAGAUUUGUACCAUUUACAACUACUGGAAGAACAGAAAAGUGCACACUCUGAAACCGCAGUUUCCGUUUGGAAAUUCCAAAAACGCCUUUUUGCAAAGGAUGCCACUUGGUUUUGACGUCUACGAACUUUAUACAGAGAUCAAGUCCAGAUCGGAGAGAUAUGGUGGAUAUUACAAUUUCACGAUACCCGUAUUCAUUCCUGCAGAUUUACAGUUAAUUAAGGCGAUUCUUAUAACUAAUUCCGACUGCUUUAUAAAUCGCGUGUCGCAUUUUGACGUUGAGAACGACCCCCUCACUGCCAAUUUGCUGCACUCGCGUGGUGCGCACUGGAAAAGAAUGCGCUCCAAAACCUCACCUUUUUUUGGCAAUGUGCAACUAAAACCUUUUUUUCCAUUUGUGAUUCGGAAGACCGACGAGUUGGUGAAAUCAAUCGCCGAGACUCCAAAUGCACUGGACGUCAGAGAAGUAUUAGAUCGAUAUGCCAUUGAUCUAAUGGGGCUUUAUAUCAGCGGAAUUGACUUUAAGAUAAUGAAGAAUAAAGACUCCGACUUGCAACGUCAAUUGGAGAAAUUCUUGAACACCUCAAUCGUGGAUACGUUAAUUCGAUUUUUCAUCACAAUUCCAAAGUUGCUCAAGUACUUCAAAAUUAUGACAUUUAAAAAGGGGAUGACCGAAUUUUUUAUGAUGUUCAUUGAUGAUAUGGUUCAAACUCGGCAGCUAAGUAGAUCGGAUAGAAAGGUUGUUCUGGAUGCUUUAACCCAAAGGACUUCGGACAAAUUUGCACGGGCUGAAAUAGCUGGUAACGUCACAAUGUUGUUUCUAGCGGGAUAUGAAACCACCAGCACUACAUUGACAUUUUGUUUAUACGAGUUGGCAUACAACAUGGAACUGCAAGAAAAGCUUCGGGCAGAAAUUAACAUGCUCGAUAACCUCAGCUUUAAUUCCGUCGUAUCACUUACCCUAUUAGACAAAUGCAUUAAGGAAACUUUAAGAAAAUAUCCCUCGGCAACGAUAAUAACUCGCGAGUGUACGAAAACGUUUCACGUACCUGACUCAAACAUAGUCUUGGAAGAAGGUAGUGAGGUUUACAUACCGAUACGAGGCAUUCACUGGGAUCCCGAAUAUUACCCCAAUCCCCAAAACUUCGAUCCAGAACGAUUUUCAGAAGAAAAUUUUAGAGGGCGACACCCGUGCUCUUGGUUGCCCUUUGGUGCCGGCCCGAGGCAUUGCAUUGGUAGCAAGCUGGCGAUAAUGAGCAUGAAAGUUACCAUGGUGGCCCUAUUAAAACAUUACCGGUUUCGUUUGCAUCCAAAAACACAUUCGCCAUUACAGUAUAACGUGAAAACUUUCAUUUUACAACCAGAAAAUGGGGUAUUCCUAUACGCGGAGAAAAUUAGCUGACAACUGCACAUAAACCAAACCUAAAAAUAAUGAUAAAAAGCCUAAAGCUGUAUUAUUAUGGUUAUUUUAAAUUAUUGAAAUCAAGAAAAUCGCUUUUUUUUUCAAAAUCUACACCGGCCAAAAAUUCAACCAAGUGGGUCAUCGAGUUUUGGAACUAAAUGCUAUUAUUUUAAACUUCAUUAAAUGAAGAACAAUUGA